AUGGUGAGAACGUUCAAGAGGACAGGGGAAGGAAAAGAUGUGAAGCUCGGAGGGUUCCUGAGUACAGGGGACCAGGCGGCUAAAGGGAAUUAUGGAUUGUUGGACCUGAUCCAGGCUCUGCGUUGGACCAGCGAGAACAUUGCAGCCUUCGGCGGCGACCCGUUACGUAUCACCGUGUUCGGCUCUGGCGCCGGAGGUUCCUGUGUAAACCUGCUCACUCUGUCUCACUACUCUGAGGGCAACCGCUGGAGCAACUCCACCAAAGGCCUGUUCCAGAGGGCGAUCGCCCAGAGUGGCACUGCUCUGUCCAGCUGGGCUGUCAGUUUUCAACCAGCCAAGUACGCCCGGAUGCUGGCCCGUAAGGUCGGCUGUAACCUUGAAGACACUGUAGAGCUUGUGGCGUGCCUUCAGAGAAAACCUUACAAAGAGCUGGUGGAUCAGGACAUACAGCCAGCCCGCUACCACAUCGCCUUUGGGCCGGUUAUUGAUGGGGAUGUUAUACCGGAUGACCCUCAGAUUCUCAUGGAGCAAGGUGAGUUCCUCAACUAUGACAUCAUGCUAGGAGUAAACCAAGGGGAGGGCCUUAAGUUUGUGGAGCUCAUUGUGGACAAUGAAAACGGCGUCCAGGCAAACGACUUUGACUAUGCCGUGUCCAGCUUUGUGGAUGACCUAUAUGGCUACCCAGAAGGCAAAGACAUCCUCAGAGAGACCAUCAAGUUCAUGUACACAGAUUGGGCGGACAGGCACAACCCGGAGACCCGUAGGAAGACACUCCUGGCACUUUUUACUGAUCACCAGUGGGUGGCGCCGGCUGUUGCAACAGCUGACCUGCACUCCAGCUUUGGGUCACCAACAUACUUUUAUGCCUUCUAUCACCACUGCCAAACAGAACAGGUUCCACCGUGGGCGGAUGCAGCACACGGAGAUGAGAUCCCGUAUGUGUUUGGCCUUCCCAUGAUUGGACCAACAGAGCUGUUUCCCUGCAACUUCUCCAAGAAUGACGUCAUGCUCAGCGCUGUGGUCAUGACCUACUGGACUAACUUUGCCAAGACAGGGGACCCCAACCAGCCGGUCCCCCAGGACACCAAAUUCAUCCACACCAAGCCCAAUCGCUUUGAGGAAGUGGCCUGGACUCGCUACAACCAGAAAGACCAGCUUUACCUGCACAUUGGCCUGAAGCCGCGGGUCAAAGAGCACUACCGAGCCAACAAGGUCAACUUGUGGUUGGAGCUGGUUCCUCAUCUGCACAGCCUCAACGAGGUCACCCAGCUCAUCCCCACCACCACCAAGAUCCCUCCUCCAGAGGCUACCAACCGCACCCCAAAGACCAAGGUUCUGGUGACCAAGCGACCCAACCCGACUCCGUUCCCCACCGAGACACAGGACAGCCACAAUCAGCCACAUCUGGUGGACCAGCGGGACUACUCCACUGAGCUGUCCGUAACCAUCGCCGUAGGAGCCUCCCUGCUCUUCCUCAACAUCCUGGCCUUUGCCGCACUGUACUACAAAAAGGACAAGCGCCGGCAUGAUGUCCACAGGCGCUGCAGCCCACAGCGGAGCGCUGCCAACGACCUGGCUCACACUCAGGAGGAGGAGAUCAUGUCCCUGCAGAUGAAGCAGCACUCAGACCUGGACCGGGACUGCAGGGGGGUGGGCGACUCCCUGCACGCGCACGACAUGGUGCUGAGGACUGCCUGCCCACCGGACUACACUCUGGCCAUGAGGCGCUCGCCAGAUGACAUCCCGCUCAUGACGCCGAACACCAUAACCAUGAUCCCCAGCACCAUGGGGGGGCUGACCUCGCUCCAUUCUUUCAACACCUUCCCUGGCAGCGGGCAGAAUAACACCCUUCCCCACCCGCACCCACACUCACACUCCACCACCCGGGUAUAGCCCAGUGGAUACACCCACACAGGCAGGACUCUGACGGCUGAGGCAAAAUCUAACGCCACUGCUACAGCAGAGACUUACGGCCGACAAGUUGACAAACGCAGGUGUAUCAGGAGCUGAAAGUCAGCCUGGAGUUGCCAGACACCCAUGGAAUAACGCUGGGAUUGUUUGACACCCUGUUCAUACCUGAGGGAAUAUAGUCAUCGGAUUACUUGGGGUUUGGACAUGAGGAAAAAAAAAAAGAAUAAUUAUGUUUUUUGUAGAAAAAUAAAUGACAAGAAGAAAAAAGUACAAACACGCAGAGGAAGAAAAAUAACCUUACAAGCUUAGACAAGGAGGAGGAUGUUUUUUUGUAUUAUUAUUUCUGUUCUGAUAUUGCAGCAAAACAAGGUACAGUAAACUACUUUUUCUUUCUAGCGACAGAUAUGGCCUUCGGGAUCCUUUGACAAAUGACUGCUUGACGGUAUUAUCUGGAAGCAGAACAGAGCAUCAGACACGCCUCGGAGGGGAGAAGAGGGGAGCACUUUGUAAAAGAAAGAAAACAUAUUGUUUUCCUUUGGCAUCGCGCUGCAGGUUACUCUGUUCAUGGGGCACAGAGUAGAUGCGGCGCAAACCAAUUUAGGCAUGUGUUAACUUCAUAAAUGGAGGCUAUGUAAGAUACAGCAAAAACAAUAGAUGAAUAGCGCAAAGGAAGGACUGAGAACUUCGAAGAAACCCUGUAUGCACAAUGGAACCAUUUCGAGGAAAAAAAAAUGUCAAAGAUACUUUUCAUCCAUUUAUUUUUGAGGAUUGGGAACAGUUUUAUUGUAUAGAACCUAUUUACAUAUCUAGAUCUGUACACUAAGCACCAAGGCUGUUUAAGCCCUCUUCUCUUGGGGGGGACAUCUAUACUGCAAACCUGCCAGCAGGACUGAACCAGUGGGAAGUUGGGAUCCACCCACUGGCUUUCUGGCAGUUCCAACUACAACACAGAGAGCUGGGGGACAAAGGAUAAUUGGAUAUUUUAGCACGAUGCGCAUGACAAUUUAUCUGCUUGAUGGCUGCUCUGCUGAUUAUGUCAUUAUUAAGAAUAAUUUUCACCUUCUCCCUCGCAUUGGAGCAAUUUCCGAAGGAUUUCCUGAUUGGAUUACAGGAAUAAUACACCUCACAGGACCAUGGGAAAUGAAGUUCCAGGUUGUGGAUGUUGUGGAGCUGGAGUAUGGGGCAGGACGGGGAAGGGAAGGGCUGGGGAUUUUUUGCAUAACAUAAUAUAGCUUGAGUGGAGCUGGGCUUAUAAGGACUAGUUUUGUACUCUGUGUGUUGGUACUAUUUUUUGAUAGUGGGUAAAUCACAUUACGCUUUAUCAAUCAAACUCAUUGUACCUUCAGUUAAGAUCAGUGUUCUUUGCUAUUCUACCUAUUGGACCACUUUACCGUAUAGAAGUUAUUACCUGCACUGUUUAUUCCAUCACCCAUUUCUUUUUCUUUUUUUUUUGAAAACUGGAAGGUAUGAUGAUUGACCGCCUGAGUGGUCGAACACAAGGUGAAAGAGUGAAUCUCUGGGCUUUUCAUUUCCUUUAUCAAGCCAGGUUCUGUAGGUUCUCUAAACAUGAAUGCCUGUGUGUGAAUAAUACAAGUCAAAGGCCAAGCACAGACAGAUCGCAAUGGGUGGAAGUCUGUGGAAAUGGAAACAGAACGUUAGACAAGAUGCAGAGCUAAGGUCAGGGUGGUUGAUUCAUAUGUACACUUUCCUUGAUUUCAUUAUAAGUCAAGGCUGAACCCUUCAGGAGGCACACACACAAAGGGCCUCUUAAAUCAGCUGAGACCACCUUCUUUACCUCACUUGAAAGAGCUACUUCUUUUAUCCUUUCAACCCUUAUCUUUUUUUCCACAAAAGAUUCUCUACUGUCUCAUCUUUUAUACCGAGCUCAGCGAGCUGACAGGUGGGGCUGUUUAGCAAAAGCGUUUUCCCCCUUGCAUCCCAAACUCCUUCAGUUUGCAGUCUUCUGCUAGCCUGGUUGCCAUUGCUCACAUCUCUUAGGUCAGUGAAGCUCCCGCAGCUAACAGUGUUAGCCACAAGAGCAGGAAUAUGUCAUACAGAAACGCAGGCUGCAGUCAGAUUGAGUCGCUUAAGAGUCAUGGGGGGUAAAGUGUUGAUCUUCAAAACAGACGGAGAGUGGAAUACCCUGGACAGCAAGCCUAUUGUGCUCAGAUAUAAGAUCUGUAUACAGGCACAGAAAUGCUACUUGGUAAGCUGAAACACUUGUCUCCCUGUUUUCCCCUCACUAAAGUGUCGAUGUGUGGAGGCCUCUGCUGUGAGAAUACAUCCUGCCCCUUUUGGAUUGCUCACAGGCACUGUGCAGUCAUUCAAAAUAAUGAGCGCAGACUACUGUUACCCCAUAUAACACCGCAGCAGACGAGCUGGUUCGGGGGAGGGAUACAAUCUAGUCCGUCUUUGGGAGUGUUUCCUUUUUGGGAUAAGAUUUAAAUUGAAUAAACUAAUUACAUCUGUUGGCACCAGAUUGUUUCUCUGGGUGAAAUGAACCGCAAGGGCUUGAUCUGGGAUUUGAACAAAGGAAAGAUUCCAAGGCUAUUAUCACACAUCAUCCUCAUGGGCCAGAGACUUUUUAAUUCCCUAUUCCUUAAAAAACAAAACAAGCUAACAACAUGAAGAAUCAGGGAAAAAUCAGUCCUGUAGGUCUGUCGGCACUGCACCAGAUUUCUACUCCCAACACCCAGUUUGCUCUUUUCUGACAUGUCGACACACAAACACAUACAUGUAACUGAAGCCAU